GCCCAUCACCUGCAUUACGGCAUACGUCACGUUUUACUUAUAGCCUGGGUGAAGUUAGCCAACAUCUAACAAUAAGACGAAACGAUCUAGUUCAACGCAAGUCUCCAAACCAUCACCAUGGCAGAGCCAGAAAAAAAAACAAAGAGGAAAAGAGAGCGAGUGAUCGGACACGAGCCCGAACACGAAUCGAUAUCUGACGGACCUAAGAUUCGACGGCGAAGACCCACACCUGCCACACUGUUCAAAGUAGCAGACCAAGCGUCACCUGAGGACGACAUCUCAAGCCAUCAGUGGGUUGUAGGGGAAAACGGCGUCCUUAAACCAAAACGAAUCAACCCAAAUAUCUACCAGCCACCAUCAUUAAAAGCCGUCCGGGAGAUGGCUGAAGCUCAGAUGCUGAAAUUAGGUGUGUGUCCUCAUGUAGAAGAGGAAGGGGAGGAGCCGAAUCUGACAGAGAGGGAGGAGCUUAAUUCAUCCUGCACAGCGGGUCCACAGGAGCAAGCGGACGUGACAGAUAACCAGUCAGGCUUCAGAAAGCCAGUAGCCACGGCAGCGACUGAUGAAGAGGAGAUUGAGGAAGAAGCAGAUGAUAUGACAGAUAAAGACAGCACACAUGUGGACUGAUGAUGAAUGUUUAGAACCUUUUAGGAUUUUUCAUUUUGCAGAUGUUUGUUCGAGAAUCAAAAUAAUUUUCGUUUGUUAACAGUAAUUUCAUUGCUGUUUAUUUUGAUUCUAGAGAAAAUGACUGAAAAUAUUUUGACUGGAAUUUCUAAGAGGUCUGACAACUGCAAAACAUUCUUAAAUGGCCACAGAAUAGUUACUUAGGGUAAAACCUUUCAGGAAUUAUAUAUUAUAAUAUCAUUCUUGUAUGAGGCUGAGUGAACUAUGAAUGUAAAGUGUUUCCCUCAAAGAUUUAGAGACGUGUCAGUGGUCAUGUAUCAAGUACAGUGGCACAUUCCCCGUGUGUGUAUGCGUGAGCUCGAGAGAGCGUGUGUGUGCGCGCGCGUGUGCGUGCGUGCGUGCGUGUCUGAACUAAACUUGUGGGAGCUUAAUUGCCUUUAAAAUUGUAGUAACAAAUAAAACUGUCAUUUAACUCAUUCUCACUAUUUUAAAGUUCAAUAAAUUGUCUAAGUAAUGUCUGGAUUUCAAUCUAAUGUCAUCAAGUUUGAGGGUAGGAUUAGGAUAUAAAAAUAUGCCUGCUUUAAUACAGAAAGCAUUAAAAGGUCCUCGCUAAUAAUGUCUUGAGAUGUCUUGUGUGUGGCAAUGUUUUUCAUUUUUUUGUGGGUUUACACUGCCAUCUAGUGUACAGAGAAUUGUUAAACUGAAUGAUAUUAAAGGGGCAGUUCACCCAAAAAUAAAAAUUCUAUCACAAUUUUACUCACCCUCAAGUUGUUCCAAACCUGUAUACAUUUCUUUGUUCUGAUGAACACAAAGAUAUUUAGAAGAACGUUAGCAAUUGUCAGUUCUAGGACAUCAUUGACUACCAUAGUAGAAAAAAUAUUGUAGUUUUGUGUUCUGUAAAACACAAAAUUAGAUAUUUUGAAGAAUUUAGGAAAGCAAACAAUUCUGGGGCACCUUUGAAUACCAUUUAAACUUUUCCUACUAUGGUAGUGAAUGAUGCUCCAGAACUGAAAAUUGCAAACAUUCUUCCGAAUAUCUUUGUGUUCAGCAGAACAAAGAAAUUCAUACAGGUUUUGAAAAACUUGAGGGUGAGUAAACGAUGACAGAAUUUUCAUUUUUGGAAGAACUAUCCCUUUAAAUCACAGUCUCUUUAUUAAGUCUUAUUGUUUAUUUUCAGCAAUGAAUUAGUCUUAAAAUUCACGUGGAGUUUGUCUGUGGCAUGAGGAUAAAAUCAUACUUGCAUACUGACAAGAAUUUUCAUUUUUUGGUAUUUUAUUAUGGCAAUAGUUCCAUGGAUCUGAAAACAAACUAAUUCAGUGCUUCACUCAGGAGUCAUAAUUUCAGUCAGUUAUGUAAGUGGAAAUUACAAUAAUAAUAAACUGUACAACUUGGGUUUAACUGCGAGAAUGUAUAACUAAUUUUUUGUGUCUGAAUUUGGGGGGAAUCUUUAAUUAUUUUAAUCGAUAAUGAAGAUUUAAAGUGAUUUGGAAUACUCCAGUAUUUAUAACUUAGUCACAUGUUGCUUUUUAAAGAAAUUUUACUGCUUUCUAAUGAAUAACAUUUAUAUACUGUAUGUAUGCACAUUUAACAGUCCAUAACUCAUGCUAGUACAUAUUGAUUUUGAAUGAACUAACAAAGUAAAUGUGUUCAUAAAAAUUAUGAAAUGUCAAAACUUGCUGUAUAAAUAAAUAUAUUUG